AUGGCCAGGCUCACAAUUCUAGCAGGCUUGUGCCUGCUGAUAAGCCAGAUGGGAUCUGCCAGCAGGAUGGAGUGCUAUUUCACCAACUGGUCCCAGUACAGGCCUGGAGAUGGAAAGUUCUUGCCACAAAAUGUGGAUCCUUUCCUAUGCACCACCCUCCUCUAUGCCUUCUCCAUCAUUAACCACAACAAUGAGCUGGUUACUUAUGAAUGGAAUGACGAAGUCCUCUACAAAUCUUUUAAUGAACUGAAGGCCAAGAAUGCUCACCUGAAGACUCUCUUGGCUGUUGGUGGAUGGAACUUUGGCUCAACACAGUUCUCCAUCAUGGUCUCUACUGCAGCUAAUCGUCAGAAGUUCAUCCAGUCUUCCAUCAAAUUUCUGAGGACUCAUGGAUUUGAUGGCCUGGAUCUGGACUGGGAGUACCCUGGAUCCCGUGGAAGUCCUCCCGAGGACAAACAAAGGUUUACACUGCUCUGCAGGGAACUUGUUGCUGCCUAUGCAGCUGAGGCCAAAGCUACUGGCAAUCCUCAGCUCAUGCUAACUGCUGCCGUUUCUGCUGGAAAAGGAACCAUCGAUGCUGGAUAUGAGAUUGCUGAGGUUGCCAAAGAAUUAGACUUUAUCAAUGUGAUGACCUAUGACUUCCAUGGAACUUGGGAGCAGUUCACCGGACACAACAGCCCUCUGUACCGUGGAUCUCAGGACUUUGGUGACCUUAUCUAUUUCAAUACUGACUAUGCUAUGAAAUACUGGAGAGACAAUGGCACCCCAGUGGAGAAGCUGAGGAUGGGAUUUGCAGCUUAUGGUCGUACCUUCCGUCUGACAUCAUCAAACACUGGUGUUGGUGCCCCAGCUAGCGGCCCUGCAUCAGCUGGUCCAUACACCCGUGAAGCUGGAUUCUGGUCCUACUAUGAGAUCUGUACCUUUGUGAAAGGCAUCACCAUUAAUUGGAUUGAGGACCAGAAAGUCCCCUAUGCCUUCAAAAACAAUGAGUGGGUAGGAUUUGACAACAGGGAGAGCUAUGAUACCAAAGUACGUUACCUGAAAGAGCAUAAGUUUGGUGGUGCCUUUGUCUGGGCCCUUGAUUUGGAUGACUUUGGGGGAAAAUUCUGUGGGGAGGGUCACCACCCCCUGCUCUCUCAUCUCAACAAGCUUCUUAAUAUUGACUUUCCCAUCCAGCCCACAACCACCACCUCAACACCUGGAACUGGCACCACUUCUCCUACUACCACCACCACCACCACCACUACCCAUGCCCCAGGACCUGGGUUCUGCAAUGGCAAACCUGAUGGCAUCUACCCCAACCCAGAUGACAAAACCAGUUUCUACAUGUGUACUGGUGGCAUCACACAUGUGAGGCACUGUGGAGCUGGAACUGUCUUUGAUGACAGUUGCAAGUGCUGUGUCUGGCCCUGAGCCAAGAGUGGAGGCAAUGUGUAUUACAACAACUGUUGCAAUC